AUGAGCGCCAUCGAGGCCACUGCGGCCGCCCCCGCCGUUGACGAGGUCAUCGGCAGCGAUUCCGAAGACGAUCUCCCUCCUAUGAAAGACGAGCCACCCUAUCCGUAUUUCGUCCUGAAACAAGAUGUCGAGCUCGAGAUCAACUUUCGGGCGAAGCGAAUCGAAGGAAAAUCCCACAUCACGUUUGGCAUGGUCGGAAAUGCCCAGCUUGACGAGUUCGCCAUCGAUGCGCGACAGUCCGAAAUCGACGUUAAGAAUAUUACGGUCACCGCCCUCAAGGACCAGAACCCCCUGGGGCCACCCAAAAAGGUGUCAGCGACGUACACGGAUCCGUAUAAGUUACUGGAUUAUCCGAAAUACUAUGACUGGAACGCCUCGCAUCACGACCUUAGGAAGAUCCGGAUGCGACCCCUUAUGCACACCCGAAGGAGCGACGUGCCUGCCGAGAAUAGAGAGCUGGUAGGCUGUACGCCCGCUGAUGGUGCCUUGCGAGUCAGUUUGAGGGAUCUUAAGAAGACCAAGGGAGCUGCUAAGGAGGAGCCGGUACCUGGAGCGGGAAUUGCCAGACGGCCGACGCUCAAGAUUCGCGUUUCGAGCGUGACGCCAAAUUCUGCGGAGCUCCCCGAGAGCGAACUGACUAGUUCAAGGGAGUACCGUGUCACGAUACCUUUCAAGACCAAGCUCGUGCGGGAUGGCGUUCAGUUUGUUGGCGUUGAUGCUGGAGAUCUUCGAUAUCCGCAUGCCUAUACUCGACAUUCCAUCGAGCCAGGCACUGCUUCUUGCAUCUUCCCCUGCAUCGACGACCCCGGCACGCUUCCGACGUGGACGAUGGCCGUCAAAUGUCCGAGGACGCUGGGCGAUGCACUUUGGCAACCACUGGCUACCCAACACAGAAAUGGUAAUGCCAAUGGCAACCGCGAUCGCGGGGCAAACCAGUCCAAGGCUGACAGAGACUUCGCUCUUACCGAGGAAGACAAGCUUCUAGAGAUGACAGUCGUGUGCUCUGGCAUUUUGUCAGACGAGAUCGUCGAUCCUGAAGACGAGCAGAAGAAGAUUAUGACUUUCGAGAUGGAGAAGCGAGUUGCCGUGCAGAAAAUCGGCUUCGCGGUCGGUCCGUUCGAGCACGUCGACUUAUUCUCAGAUUUUCGCACGGAAGAGAACGACGAGAAACUCGGAGCUAGCGCGCUCAAGAUUCACGGCUACUGCCUCCCGGGAAGAGCUGCAGAGGUCCAGAACACGUGUGCAGCGCUCGCCGCGGCUGCUGACUUCUUCACCCUCACGUUUGCUCGAUAUCCAUUCGACAACUACAAGAUGUGCUUUCUCGAUGACAUGGUGGAGGAUACGGUAGCCCUCCAAUCACUCUCCUUCGUUAGCACCCGCCUACUGUUCCCCGAGGACAUCAUCGACCUAGAGGUAGACGUCACAAGACAAUUGGUGUACAGCCUGGCCUCGCAGUGGAGUGGGAUCAACCUUUUCCCCAAUACUCGCAGAGACCUUUGGGUCGUCAUCGGCAUCGCCUAUUACAUGACCGAUCUUUUCCUGAAGAAACUAUGCGGCAACAACGACUACAGGUUUCGGAUGAAGACAAUGUCAGACAAGCUGGUGACAGUUGAUAUCAAGCGACCAUCACUGCACGAACUUGGCCAUUUCCUGCACAUUGGAGAUUUCGAGAUGGAAUUCAUGGCACUCAAGGCGCCCUUGGUGCUCUUCAUUCUCGACAAGCGGUUGAUGAAAGCACCUGCCCAGACCAACCUCACACGCAUCAUUUCCCGAAUUCUUUACAAGGCCAACAUCGGAGACAGACAGAGCGAAUGGAUUAUCAACACAGAGUCGUUUCAGCGGGUUUGCGAAAAGAAUGCCAGGAACAAACUGGAGGCGUUCUGGAACCAAUGGGUUUACGGCUCGGGCUGCCCCAGGUUCGACGUUUUCCAACGUUUCAACAAAAAGCGACUCUGCGUCGAGAUGACUAUAAGACAAGUUCAGGACAAAGCCCUGACUGAAGCUGAGCUCCUGAAGAAAUCAGAAUUUCUUCGAGCCAUCAAGGAAAAGGCGCAUGGUGUCAAGACGGACGAAAAGGCCGGUCUUUUUACAGGCCCCAUGACCAUCAGAAUUCACGAAGCUGAUGGAACGCCUUACGAGCACAUAGUGGAGAUUCGCGAGGAUGCUGCUAAGGCCGCUAAGUUCGAGAUUCCUUACAACACCAAGUACAAGCGAUUGAAGAGGAAGAGGAGAGCAACGGAAAAGCUCAGCGCACAGUCUGCUGCCGACCCUGACAAUAACGAAGACGCACUCUUAUAUUGCCUGGGCGACGUUCUGACCAAUCCCGAAGAUAUGAGGAAGUGGGAUUUUUCCGAAUGGGAGCCCGAGAUCGAAAAGGCCAUGGACCAAGAGUCUUACGAGUGGAUUCGGAUGGACGCUGACUUUGAAUGGGCUUGCGAGAUGAAGACAAAUCUCCAGAGCUACAUGUACGUGUCCCAGCUCCAGCAAGAUAGGGAUGUCGUGGCGCAGCAGGAUUCGAUGCUUUAUCUCAAGAAGAGUCCGCCUCAUCCACUGGUUUCGACGUUUCUUACCAGAACCCUUGUCGACCGGCGAUACUUCCACGGUAUUAGGACAAUGGCUGCGGAGAUGCUAUAUCACCACGCCGCGGAUAAGGUCUCAAUGGCUGGUAUGACCCAUCUACUGAAAGCCUUCACCGAGAUGUUUUGCUAUGCCGAUACCUCCAUGCCUCGGCCAAACGACUUUUCCGACAAGAAGCAGUACACCGUGCAGAGCGCACUGCCUAUGGCCAUUGCAAAGAUUCGCGAUGCCAACGGUAGAUGUCCCGAAGCCGCACGACGGUUCCUUCUGAAUCAGGUUCAGUUUAACAACAAUGCCAAUAACCCAUACUCGGACCAUUUCUACGUUGCCAAGCUUUUGGAGGCUCUCGCCCAUAGCUUGAUUCCAGAGAAGCGACGGGAGUCAGACGAUGCCAUGGAGGUGGACAUGUCAGCCGAAGAGAGAGGUUUCCUUAAGGAGGCUAUCGUCGAGAUUGAUCGCUUCCGUAGGAUGGACGAAUGGGCCAACUCUUACCAGAACAUCUGGACGACCACCGCGCUCGAAUGCAGACGCAAACUCAUGAAAGCCGGAGUGAUUCCCAAAAGUGCUGUGGCUUUUGUCCAGUACUUGCAGGAUGACACGUGCGACUUGGUUCGACUCAAGGCUUUCGAGGCUCUGGUGGAUCUGGGUUAUUUGAUGGAUCUGCCUAUCUUCCGCCUGAUUCUUUCCGUCAUGAGCACUGAUCGGUCUCCAUUCGUGCGGGAUAAACUCGUCAAGAUCUUCUGUACAGGUCUGGCUAGCCUCGCCUUUGGAGAGCAGUCGAAGGCCAAGGUGGCACCUGCUGUUCCUGAUGGCGGACUCAUGAUUGUGGACAAUACGGAAGCAGAGACGCAGAAGAGGCGAAAAGAAUUUGCUCGAAAGCAGGAUAUCAACGUCGCACUCGAGGCUUUGAGGACAGAGAUGGAAGAACAGUUUUCAGAGCAAGAAGCGGCACUGGAGCGAGCUUUCUGGAAGGCUAUCAAUUCUAACCUGAUCGGGCGUUCCGAGAAGAUCACGCUGCUGGAGCUUUGCGGCACCAUUGUGGAUGCUGCUGACCGAUGGACGAUUACUUUGAAGUAUCCUAAACGAUGGAGAGUUAAUCGUCCUGUCCAGCGUCAACCUGGCAGAAACAUCAUCAACUUCAAGGCGUUCUUCAAGACGGGCAUACCGCAAAAGAUCAAAGAGCCCGAACCACCGGCGCCAGCACCAGCACCGGUAUCUGCACCUGCGCCUGCUCCUGUAGUUGUACCAUCUCGGCCGCCCGAACCCAAACGACUCAUCGUCAAUAUGAAGAGUGGUGUUGCCAAACCCAGCAAGCCUACGGUCUCCCUUCCACGCCCCGCUCCCACGGCCUCUCGCCCAUCGCCGGUCUCUGCUGCACAGUCUCCCGUUCCAAGCGCCGCACCGUCCCCUAUCCCUCGGGAGGCAGACUCCAUUGUCGCGCACUCGAAUGCCAAGGCAUCUACCCCAAAGCCGUCAUUCUCAAAGCUCCCCGGGUCAAGGCCGCCGAGUGUGAAGCCAGGUAUCGUCAAGGCAGGCAUCGCCAAAUCUGUGGUGUCUUCGGCGUCAUCGUCGUCGUCCAUGCAGCAAAAUGGCCGUUCUACUCCUCAACCAACACCCGAGCCCGGCAGCAGCAAAUCGCAGAAGCGGCCUCGGCCCGACAAGAUCCCGGGGGUUGAUGAGGCAUCGCCAGCUCUCAAGAAGGCGAAGCUUACUGUCCGACCUGACGGCACUGUGGUUAAGAAGCGCAGGAUGUUCAAGUUCCGGCAUCCCAACCUCAGGAAGAUCCUGAAGAAACUUGGUGUCAAAAGCCAGAUGCCCUACAGAGAUCCGUCAAAGAUUCGCAGACCUGGCACACCGUUGAGUGUUCGUGCUUCUCCCGCCGGAUCACCAGCCCCUCCCCCAUCUGAGAGCAUCAAUGCGAAGCCGGCUCGCAAACCUCUCCCUGGCGCACCGUCCGCGGCCAGUCCUCCUCCACCAGUUCCGGCAUCCCUACCGCCGAAGCCUCCGCCGCAAGCAUCACCACCUCCCGUUGAAGGUCAGCCUGCCCCAAAGAAGGUAAAGCUUGUCAUCAAGAAGCCUUCCAGUUCGCUGCCCAAAUAA